AGCAGCACGUGACACAAGAGCCCCGAUAAUACCCCUGAGCAGCGCCGCAGCCCAGACUGCUUCCGUGCUAGCCCGUCCAAUAAUCCAUUGAAAGUGUGUUGAUUCUCGUGAACCAACAGUCGUAAUAUCGUGAGAUGGAGACGCGAAGGCACGUGAGGUUCUUGUGUCGGAGACUACGGUGACGUUCAUUUUGCCUUGUAGUGACCAAGAGCCCCGCAAUUUGCUUGGACGGCGUGGAGGGGCAGGGAGACGCCAGCAAGAGCACUCCGCGCUGGCUUGGCACAGUCCAGACCAGUGACCUGGAUGAAGUCGAUGAUUGUCAUUAUUUUCUAUCGACAUUCUCAUCCAAAUUUCACCCUGUUUAGGUAGGUAUGCACUAAACCGCGGCGACGCAUCCUCGGGACUCAAAAAGUAACGCCAAGCCCCGAGAACGUCACCACGGCUGGCGGCUUCGAUGGUGACGUGCACAAAUGACCCGCAACAUGCUCUGCAAGGUGGGGUGGCCCUUCACCGAUGCCUUCGCCGAUGCCCACCCCGAUCGAUUGCUUGUUAUCAGAUCAUCUGAUAAAAAAUCGCUCACGUUUCACGUCAAAACCAGAGACUGCUCAAUUCACAACACCAUCCAACUACUCUCAUAAUGACGCUCACCAUCGAUACCAAGCUCAAGCUCAACAGUGGCUACGAUAUCCCUCAACUGGGCUUCGGUGUCUUCCAGACCCCCCCUUCAGAUACAGCAAGAUGCGUGUCCGAAGCUGUAAAGGCCGGCUACGCCCAUAUCGACUCUGCGGCAUUGUACCGCAAUGAAGGAGCUUGCGGCCAGGCCAUUCGUUCCUUUUCCCGCGAGAAGAUCUUCUUCACCACCAAGAUCAUGCCUUACACAUUGGGCUAUGAGAGUGUUCAGUCCCAGAUUGACCGCAUGCUCAACGAGACGGGGCUCGGGUAUCUCGAUCUCGUGCUCAUCCACGCCCCCUACGGCGGCUCGGCCAAACGCAAAGAAUCGUGGAAGGCCCUGGUGGAGGCUGUUGAGGCCGGCAAGGUCAGAAGCAUCGGUGUAAGUAACUACGGCGUUGCCCAUCUCGACGAGCUGGAAAGGCACAUUGCCGAGUUGGAGGAGGAGCGCGGCGGCAAGGGCAAGGGCGGCGUCAUCAGCGUCGGCCAGUGGGAGAUUCACCCCUGGUGCCCCAGAGACGACAUUGUCGAGUGGUGCAGGAAAAGAAACAUUGCUGUCGAGGCCUACUGCCCCUUGGUCCAGGGCAACCGAUGGGGUGAGCCCAUUGUCAAGAAGCUUGCCGAGAAGCAUGGAAAGAGCGAAGCUCAGAUCCUGAUUCGUUGGAGCUUGCAGACAGGCCUGGUCCCCCUGCCCAAGAGCGUGAAGUCUGAAAGAAUUGUCGCCAACGCUCAGGUCUACGACUUUGAGCUUACUGAGGAGGAUAUGAAGUCGUUAGACACUGGUGUGUACGAGCAUGUGUCUUGGGAUCCUACCACCGCUCCACUUAAGGAUUAAUUUCAUCACGAGCGAUAGUACCACCUUACCACGCCCGUUGUGGACCAAAUGAUAGAGACUGUCGCUAGCAGUAGGGCCCUAGGAGAUAGCUAGCAUACUUCUAGAGGUAGUGAGUAGGGCUUGACUACCUCCCUUGUAUCUUAGUAGGCUUUUAAAGAUAGUCCAUAUGUUUUCGGAGAUGGUGGGAAAGCCUUGAAAUGAUUAUAUGAGGUGUUUCUAUUAUGAUUUACGC